GCGCAUCUCAUGCCCCCGUGCCCCGCAGGGUGGACUCCAUCAUGCUGCUGGAGGAGGGCUUCAGCGUGACCAGCGUGGACGCCAGCGACAAGAUGCUCAAGUACGCCCUGAAGGAGCGGUGGGAGCGGCGCAAAGAGGAGCCCUUCGACAAAUGGGUCAUUGAGGAGGCCAACUGGCUUACCCUGGAGAGGGACGUGAAGAAGCCUGGAGAUGGGUUUGAUGCUGUCAUCUGCCUAGGGAACUCCUUCGCGCAUCUACCUGACUUCAAAGGUGACCAAAGCGAUCAUAAGAUGGCACUUAGGAAUAUUGCAAGCAUGGUGCGCCCAGGCGGUGUCAUGGUCAUUGACCAUCGUAACUACGACCAUAUCCUGGCCACGGGGUGCGCGCCCCCAGGGAAGAAUAUCUAUUACAAGAGUGACCUGACAAAGGACAUCACUACAUCUGUGCUCUUUGUGAACAACAAGGCCCACAUGGUGACCCUGGACUAUACCGUGCAAGUUCCAGCCCAGGAAAUGGAGGGAAGCCCAGAACUGAGCAAGUUCCGGCUUUCCUACUACCCUCACUGCCUGGAGGCCUUUUCGGAGCUGCUGAAGAAUGCCUUCCAGGGGAGAUGCCAGCACAGCAUCCUGGGUGACUUCAAGCCUUACACACCUGGCCAGGAGUACAUCCCCUGCUACUUCAUCCAUGUAGUGAAGAAGACCGGCUGACAGCCACUGCCCAGGGCUCCCUGGCUGGCUACCACUGCCCAUACCAGUUGACCGGCAUGGAGGAUGAGAAGGGACCCUUCUCUAUCUUCUGGUCUCUGAGCAGCCAGCCAGGGCUCUGCUUUGGUGGUGGAAAAGCUUGGCCACAUGGGGGAGAUCCCAGGGGCCGUGUCUGUCAUGAGCAGGCUCUGACGGCGCACUGCUACUGCUCCCUCUCUGCUGCUUGCAUUCGUCACUCACUGGCCAUGCUGGGCAGACACUUGCCCAAGUCUCAGGGCUGCCAAGGGUUCUCAAGAAAGUGCUGAAGGGGAAUAGUAACAAUGCUCAUGGAAGUUGCA